UUGGUAUUGACUGCUAAAUAAAUACUAAAGACACAAGAAACACCGUUAACCGCGUCCAGAACGGUGCGGUACAUUGAGGCCGCGAAAUGAGAGCGAGCAGGGUUAUUAGAGGAGAAGUAAAUUAAGAGACAAAUAAAGUCUGGGCAACUGAGAGAGAGGGAAGGGAGAGGAGGAGAGGACGGGACCGAGAGAAAACCAGCAGUGUGGAGGCGACGGAGGGAGGGAGUGUGCGCACGCCGCUGGAUUUAACCUGUGGCACUGACUUUCGUCCUCCAGUGAGUCCAAGGCCAUCAGAGAGGAAGUGUGACACCCUUCCUUCAGUGAGGCCUGCCAGUGAGGGACCGCGCCGCCACACACAACCAGCCUCGCCCUUGGAGUAAAGACGGGAGGAGGCGCAACAGAUUAAGAAGUGAACGGGAAGGAGUGUGAAGGGAAAUAACGGAAACUUUUUGGGAUGUUUUUUACAGUCAACACACGUGAAUUCAGAGUGAAAAGUUCCACGCUGUUUCCUGAGCGCGGCCAAGAAAGAUCCCCAGUUAUCGCGCUGUUAUCUCCGGCGGGAACAUCAAAGCAAGUGUGUGUACGAGCAUAGAUAUCUUAUCACCGUGUGUGUAUGUGUGCGUGUGUGUGUGCAUGUGUGUGUCUGUGUCUUGUGUGCCGCCCCGCCGCCGCCGCCUUCUCCGCCUUUCCCUCCCUGCCAGCGACGAAAAGUUAAAGGCAAGAAGGAAAGAAAGAUAACGGCAUAAGUGAGGAAGGUGUGAAAAGAGGAGGGACCGCUGUCAACUUCCCUCAAACUCACUUCUUUGCCAUCUGGAGGAAGAAAAAAGAGAGACAAACAAACUCAAGUGAUUAAAAAAGAAAAAAAAAAGUCAGAUUCACAAGCUAUUAAACUCGAAUCAAGACAGACAGAAAAAGAACCAGAAAACUCACCAACCGCGUGCGUGUAAAAACCAGCGUGUGUGUGUAUGUGUGAGUGCGUGCAUGUGAGUGUGUACAUGUGUGCGUAGCCUUCCCCGUGUAUGUGCAUUAGAAAACCGCACACAUUCACGAAUCAAAGCUGUACAAUAAGACUUAACCAUUAGGACUCAUGUCUUCCACGGAUCCGCCACCCGCCGCCGUCGCCACCACCACCACCACUAGACUCCUGCCGGGGAAAGGGUGGGCAGGGCAACGUUAGGGAAGCAGCGAACCCUUUAUAAGCCCCCUAAGAGACCCACAACACACCCUCAGUUCCUCUAGUCAUGGCCAACUCCUUCGUCAAAUGGUGCCGAGCUAAAUUCUUCAAUGGAUACAAGCAUAUUAAUGUGUUGGCGCAGGAGGAGGGAUGCGGAAGGUCAGACACGGAGACUCUGGUGAGGGCGGGAGAGGAAGACUUGCUCAUACCCACGCCCACCUCCACGCCCGCGCCCACACACGCCCGCCCCGCCCACCCACUGGCAGCCGGCACGUAUGUUGAGGAGGUGUCUUGCGAUGUGAGUGUGGCGGCGGGAGAUUUGGAGAGGCAAGAGUAUUCCUUCACCCUCUACGACUUUGAUGGCCAUGGCAAGGUGACCAAGGAUGACAUCGCUGGGCUGGUGCGGACCAUCUAUGAGGCGGUGGGUUCCUCGCUGUCCCUUCCUCCCAGUGGCUCACGGACCAUCAAGGUGAAGCUGACGGUAGCGCCCGAGGGGAGCCGGGGCCGCCCCCAGCAGGAGGACAAGGAAGGGGAGGAGAAGGAGGAGGAGGAGGACUAUGAGGAGGAUGUGUGUGGGCGAGGACAGAGAGGAAGGCGGAGAGGAGGACGGAGAAGGUCGACGUCUUUGCAGCGACAUGAACUCCUGCAGAUCAUUCAGGCCAACAUGGAGAAGAACAACCUCUUCUACACCCCCCUCCACCGCCCCCCACACUCCCACCACCACUCUCACCACUCCCACCCACACCACCACCACCAUCACCACUCUCGUCGCCGCCGUCCCCGCCCCUCCUGCCCUUGCUCACCCCCAGACCCCGCUCAGGUGAAGGCACGGCUGCUGGAGCCAGACUGCCCCUGCCGCCACACCCACUACCACAGCCACACCCACGGCCCCUCCUCCACCACACGGCAGGGCUGCCGCCGCCACCACCGCUCUCACUCCCACGACCUGGCCCGGGACUCCCUGCCUCACCUCUUCCGCUCUCACCUCCUGGACAAGACCUUCCAGCCCCUCCCCCCAUCCAACACUCCAGACCAGCCCCCCUCCCCUCCCACGCUGCCCAGCCACCACCACCACCACCACCACCAACAGCCACGCCACCACCACCAUCACCAUCACCACCAUCACCGGUCCAGGUCCUACGACGGUGGGGACACUCAGCGGUCGUCGCCGCGGGGACGCAGCGGCCGGGCCUCCCGCUGCCCCCAGCAGACCUCCCCACAGAGCCUCAAGACCUCCCCCGACCAGCCCCUCAGGGUCAGCCAGGCCCCGUCCCCCUCCAAGCACGAUUCCCCACGGGGCCUCGUGGGUGAGGGGUCGGCCUCCCCUCAUGCCAGCAAGCAGCGGCAGCGCGGGGCGGACCACGACCGGGCCAUGGCACAGGUGGUGGCCUGGCUGGAGCGCGGGUCACUGCUGGAAGCGCCCUGCUCUCCGCCGGGUGAGGGGAGCCCCACCGGGGAUCAGGCCCACCAUGUGCACCAGCACAUCCACCACCACUACCACCACUACAACGAGCACCAGCUGCCGCCGCUGGUGCUCUGAGGACACCCCUGCACCUCCCCGGCCCUCGCCCUCACCCUCACCCUCUCCUGGUGGCAGCGGGAGGUGCAGAGGGAUGGGGCAGGUGCAGCCCCCCCCACACCCUGAGGUGAGCCACACCCCACGGGGCUCCCAGCGUACCACCACCACUCCAGGCAAGGUGGGGGGACAGUGAUGGGAGUGUGUAAGUCCUGCCCCGCCCCGCCCAGUGGCUGCUGUGGGGCGGCGUCGGCUCCCGGCGUUGGAGUGAGCGGAGGGAGCUUCGCCGUGCUCCACCACAACAUUCCCGUCUCCCACAGAGUCUCAGAAAUCUCAUGAGCUGGUGGUGUCCUCAGCUCGUCGCUCCUCCUGUGUUGCCUCAUCGCCUCACUACUCCCAACAUGCAUAGAGUCAUUUUUAUUUUUGGAAGUCAUGUGCCACUGAGGAGAACCUUGUGCCACACCGCCACCCAUUCCCUUUCCCCCACCACCCUCUCAUUCCUCACUCACUCAUCAACUGUGACCUCUGUUCUCAUUCCUGCUGACCCAACAUUCUUAAAACAUUCCUUACACACACACACACACACACACACACACACACACACACACACACACACACACACACACACACACACACACACACACACACACUGUACUAGUCAUUAUGUUACAAGACCUGAAUCAAACAAACAUUUCAUCUUAAGUUCAUGUAAACGCUCAUUUGUCCAUCCAGACUCGAAAUGAAGUGUGUGCGUGUUUGUGUGUGUGUGUGUGUGUGUGUGUGUGUGUCAGUGUGAGACAUUCAUUCACACACUUGCACAUCAUCCACCUUCAGACUCAACACAAACAACAAAAGUCCAAACACUCGGUAGAAAAUGGAAAGGAAGAUUAACUAUUGACUGACCUACACUGACCAUAACUGUCCAGCUGUGUGGCGGACAAUUAUUACCACAACUGACUGCCUGACUGACUGAGUGGGCUGUUACAAGGUGCUCUGCUUGCCACACUGUCAGGCCAGAUCUGUAACAUGCCCAGGGAGGUCAGUUACACACCACACACCAGUUCCCAAUGCUGCAUCUUGGCACUUGAAUGAAAAUGUGGUGGCGACACUAAAUGCACCACGUCACACCCUGAUCACUUCUAAAUCACAACUCAGGAAUGAAGCAAUACUAGACUGAAAUAACAGUAACACCUGCAAUAUAUUAGUAACUGCCAGAAGGAGGUGUGUGUGUUUAAACUGCAGUGUUGAGGGAAGGCACACUACACCACACAGCACACUAGAACUGUACCAAGUGUGAGGGAAUAGUGUGUGCUUGGCUGUGACUUAGUGAGGGUGCCAAGAGUGUGUGUGUGAGGACAGGCCAACACUGCAGGGAACUUAGGUGAUCCUGGGAGACUUGUGUGGAAAUCUGUUUUAGGAAUGAUUAGAAAAUGUGCCAGAUCUCAGUCACAGGGAGAGAAGAGAUGAGAAAAGAUAGAAAAACGUUGCAGGAAGAUUUUUAAAAGUGUAUGAAGUGUUUGGAAGAUAAGGAUGACAACAAAAGAAGUAGAUGCAGCUAAAGUUGAAGGAGAUAAUCAGUGAAUGCCUUCCAUGUCACAAAAAAGGAAAAAAAAAGCAAAACAGAACUAACUUAACAGAAAGACAAACUCCUUAGGUAACCACUGGGAAAAUGAAUGAAAAAAGACAGAAAAAGACACUUGUAAAACUGGAAAAGAAAGCAAAAAAUCACGCCUUUCACAUCAUCAGAGAAGAACAAACAGGAAAAACUCAAGAAAACUCUCAGUAAAAGAUGUCACAAGUGUUUCUGUUUCUCAUGACCAGAACAUUGGGGUGACGAGGACAGCUGGGUGAGGGAAGCCGCCAGCCAGUGUGUCCUCAUGCCCUCCCCCCCCCACCUCACUACCUCACUCCUCACCUUUGCCACAGACUAGGAAAAGACAAUGGAGGAAGAAGAAAUAAAAGAGACAGUGUAUUUUUUGUACAGCGAAUUAAUCUAUCUUAACUUUGUACAUAGCUUAGUGUAUAUCAAACUUGUAUAUAUGACUGCCCCUUCCUCCUCCUCCUCCUCCUCCUCCUCCUCCUCCUCCUCUAAUAGGUCUGCUGCUGUUUGGUAUUCCUUUGUAUUCAUCCUCCUUCUCCUCUUCCUUUUCCUCCUCCUCCUCCUCCUCCUCCUCCUCCUCCUCCUCCUCCAUGUUGCUCUGUGUCACUGUAUUCUGAUGGAUAUGUAUUUGUUCUAAAAUGCAUAAUUCAAGGAACAGUUUCCCUCUCCUAUCCUUACCCAAACCUGCUCCCAAGUCCCUCCCUCCCCCAUUCCCCAUUCCCCAUACCCUGUUCCUCCCAGCCAGCCAUAUCCCCACGCCCCAUAAUGGUAGUUAAUGCUGUAUGGUAGUUUCAUUAAUGGUGCUUCAUCUACUAUAAACAAAGAAUCAUUCCAUGUAUUCUGUCUCUCCCUCUCGAUGAUUAUUUUUAUGAAUUUUUAUCUUUUGUGUCUCCUCGUCCGUCGGUUUGUCAGUUCGUGAAGGACAGUUGGCAAGUGUUUGUGUUGUCGACGUACGGAAAAUUUCUCGUCUAUAUCUGUUCCUGGCCGGCAAGACCCUGACAUAGAGCAGGAGUGUGUGGCCGGAUAUUUAUUCCACGUUAUUUCCCUCUCCAGUGUUACGUUCCUCGGUUCGUUUCCCUUUCUCCCGACAUUAAAAGGCACAAAUAAAUGUGUUAAAGUGAA